AACUGAAUACAUUUUGUUCCACAAAAGUGAUGAUACAUUUAAGAAUAAUCGCACUCGUAUCUGUUCUGUUUUGACAAUUUAGAUAUUUUAAGUUAAAUUUUUCUCUUUAAAAUAAUAUUACAGUCUCAAGUGCCAAACUCAGUUCCAGUUGAGGAAAAAAAAAGCGACUGAAUUUGUAUAUGAAAGCACCAACAAUGUGCUGAAACAGAGCUUGCGUUCCUUACUGCAAUCGUCAGAACUGGCCCGCGAUUUACUCAACAAUAAAAUUGAUUUUGAUUUCCUUUACCGAGGAAAGGCAAAUCUCCUGUUCGAUAGGUGGAACAGCUUUAAGGACAAAAUUCUGAUAUAUUUUAAACGGCACAUCCACAACGAAGACUGCAAGCGACAACUACUUGAUGUAGAACGUUGAUGCCCAGGAUUACUUGACCCUUAUUUUGCUUAAUGCCGUAUUGCCGCCGACAUCUCGGGUCUUGAAUCAAAACGGGAAAGGGAACCAAAAACCGACAAUAGCGGAUAUUCAACUUUCGAUGGUACUACGCCUUUCAAGCUUGAAUAACUAUGAACGUCGUAUCAACAAUAUAGUCAGGGAAAAGUAUUUAGAGGGAUCAACAAUACAGUCAUUUAUAAUUAUUCACGCAUCGUCUGAGCUGGAGUUCUUAGAUUUCUAUGUUUACUUUGACAAGACGCUGGUAAAGUGUGAUUCCUUCCUGAAAAGCAUAGAUUUGUGUUUUAAGUGCUUCAUGUCUUACUCGCUGAGCUACCCGAAAACCUCAGAGCAAGCUUGGUACACAGUUCAAAAGAUCAUUUUCGAAAGAGACACCGCUUAUGACAUAAGAUCAUUGAAUUUACAAAAUCUAAUCGAUUUCAUGAAUAAAAAUUAAUUUUUUCAAAAUGUAUAUCUGCUAUCGCUGUCGAAAAUUAUUUCCAACGCCCAACAAUUUAAUAUCCUAUUUAAAGAUUAAGCAUCUGUUAACAAGAACAUCCUUGAGGCUGCCUUGUCAGCAGGAUGGCUGAAAACAAAUUUUUACAAAUUUUCUGAGUUUUCGGCGGCACUUCAUUAGGUUACAUACGCAAUCAAUUCCAAAUCGAAGAAAUUCAUGAGAGGAAUUGCUAUUCUCUAAGUACAAUCAAACCGUUAAAGAAGUUGAAGAAAAGGAUGAGGAAGAACAAACAAAUUUAUGUUUUGAAGUCCAAAGCAAACAAUCAAUCAUAGACCAUUUAAAACAAAAAUCUCUUGAAUUUACUUUAAGUUUAUAUGAACUAAAUUUUAUGUUGAGGAAACACAUAUUGCAAAUUCAAAACAAUAUUGUAAUUUUACUUAGCUCUGUGUCUACAGCUAUUGAAAAGCAAGUAAAUCUGGAAACAGUGGAUAGAAUUAAUCCGAUUCUUGGUUUUUGCAAAGAUCCAUUGUAAGACAGAGCACACGUUUUUAAAAAAUUAACCGAUUCAAAUCUAUAUAGGCAGCCAAAAAAUAUUUCCAUUGAUAAUAAAAUAACAGAAAUAGUAUUGAAAGGAAAUCCCAUCUUGGGUUCGAAGUCAAAAGACGUCUUUAUAAUGCCUUUGGCUUUUACAGUAAAAAUAAUUAUCGAUUUACAAAAUAUUUUGGAGCUAACAUUAAGCAACAUACAACAAAAUUUAAAAAGUAAUGACUUAACAAAUUUGGCAGCUGGAGAAGUCUUUAAAUCUAUAGCAAAGCAAUUUGAUCCAGACAUAGUUGUGCCAUUUGUUUUAUACUUAGAUAACUUUCAAAUUAACAAUGCAUUAGGAAGCCAUACAUUCUCCAUAUGUGGCUGCUACAUUAAUUUUCCUUUAAUGCCAAAACAUUCAAUUUCUAAAGUUCAAUACAUAUAUCAUGUCGCAUUUAUAGCGACAGACAAGCUUAAAAAGUGUAGAAAUGAAAAUUCAGUUUACCAUUUAGUUGAAGAAUUUAAAAUUCUUGAGAGUGGAAUUAUAAUAAGAACUAAAAACGGCUUGCAAAAAGUGCAGUUUAUAUUGUCAUUAAUUGUUGGCAACAACUUAGCUGUUAACAGCAUACUUGGUUAUGUCCAAUCAUUUAAUUCAAAGCGAUAUUGCGGCGUUUGUUCUAGAACGAAACCCGAAAUGAAAAUAGAUUCUUCCGAAAAUGUAGAAAGUUUACGAACUGAACAAUCUUAUUACGAAGAUUUACAGUUGAAUAAUUUUCAAGAAAGUGGAUUGAAGCAAAAUUGGAUAUUCAACGAGUUAUUGUCGUUAAAAGUUAUAAAUAAUUUUUGUUUCGACAUUAUGCACGAUAUUUUCGAAGGCGUAUGUAAAUAUGAUAUUUGCCACAUUCUUAUUUCAUUAAUAAAUAAAGGAAUAAUCACUUUAAAUGAAAUAAAUAGCAGAAAAUCGAUAUUUCCGUACGGAGAAACAUCUGUAAAAAUAGAAAUGAAUCGACUAAAAACAUGUAAUUUAAAAACGUCUGCAAGCGAAACAGAAUGUCUUACCCACUUUUUGCCCUUGAUGAUUGGAGAUAGAGUUCCACACGGUAAUGAAGAAUGGGAAUUGUUAUUAACUUUACUUGAUAUAAUAGAGUUCUUACUUAAGUCAAAUUAUAAGAAAACGGAAAUAGAAACGAUACGAAGUGCAAAAACAUCAUCUUUAAGAUAUUUGUGGUGCAUGAGGUUUGAGGCGAAACACAAGGAUUCCAAGUUUUAUUUUUACAAUGUAAAUUCAAGAAUUAAUCCUCCCCAUUCAUUAGCCAUUAAAUGUCAAAUUAAGUUUGCAAAGUUUCUGACGGACCAUGCCAAAUCUAUUGAGCCGUAUUUAAGACUUACAUCAAAAGAGUAAAGUAUUUUGAAUAAUAAUCUUGCAUUAGAAAUAAAUGAAAACCAUGGGAGUGUAAAUAGCUUUAAAUUUUAUAACCAAUUAGAAUAUAAGGGCACUGCUUAUAAAAUUAAUUAUUAUUUAGGUUUAAAUAAGAACAAUUUUAUGUUAUUUACAAUUA